AUGCCUGCGCCGGGCCCGAGCCGCGCCCCCGCGCUCUACUCCGCCGCGUCCCGCGAGCCCUGUCGCCCAGCUCCGCCCGCCGCCUGCCGCUGUUCCGCUCGACGCCCGGAGUCCCGCGCCGCCGGCCGCCGCCGCCCUUCGCCGUCUCCGCCGCCGAUCCAGCGCUGCCCGACGACGCGCGCCUCCGCCGCCUUCGCCUCGUCGCCGGUCGCCGCGUGCACCGCCGGCCUCGCCCCCGCGAACGCCUCCGCUCACCGGAACACCGCGCCCACGUCCCUCCGGUCGUCCCGUCGUCGUCCCCGCAGUCUCCGGCCACCGCGCCGCUCGCCGGAGCACCCCGCCGCCGUCCUCGCCCGGAUCUGGCCAACCGGGACCAGAUCCACCAGUCCCUCCAACCAAACGGCUUCCCCGUGCCCAGAUCCCUCCAUCCUGCAAACACCCCCUCCGCGCCGCCGGACAUGUCCGUCCGCGCCGGACGAAAUCGCGCGGCCGCCCCGAGCCAUCCCCACGUCGACACCUGUCCCUGCGCCGUCCUCCACCGCCGCGGCCCGCGAGGCCCACGGCCGGCCCGCCCGCGCCUGCGCCGGGCCCGAGCCGCGCCCCCGCGCUCCGCUCCGCCGCGUCCCGCGAGCCCCGCCGCCAAGCUCCGCCUGCCGCCUGCCGCUUCUCCCCUCGCCGCGCCUGCCACUUCUCCGCUCGCCGCCCGGAGUCCCGCGCCGCCGACCGCCGCCGCCCUUCUCCGUCUCCGCCACCGAUCCAGCACCGCCCGCCGACGCGCGCCUCCGCCGCCUUCGCCUCGUCGCCGGUCGCCGCGUGCACCGCCGGCCUCGCCCCCGCGAACGCCUCCGCUCGCCGGAGCACCGCGCCCUCGUCCCCCUGGUCGUCCCGUCGUCAUCCUAG